AUGCCGUCAGAUGAGAAAGCAAGAGAUGUAGGAAGUGAACUUUCUGCGGAAGGCGUUAGUCUUGGCAAGCUUUUAAAGAGUGUGUACUUUGAUGAACUUGGUAAAGGCGAGGUCCUGAAAGAAGAAGAAGAACCCUUAUUUGCUAUUUGGGUAUGGGACAGAAACAUAGACACGAUACAAUUUAAGGUCACAGCGCUGCUAAACCGCCAUAUUUGUGAUGACAGAUGA